AUGAGUGCCCCAAUUGAUGACUUAUUGUACGGUGGGGAUGAUUCGGGGGACGAAGAUGAGAUAAACACUUCUCUACCCGCUAUACGCUCGUACUCUGGUGUUCCAGUGUCUACAGCAACUGUAUCACCCCCAGGGGGUUUAUUACCAUCUGCUCCAAUUGGAGCUUCAUUGUCCAAGCCUCUUACACCUCCAACGGUGACGCCCAUUCGUCCACAGCCAAUGACAUCGACGUCCUGUGUCCCUGGAACUCAAAUAAAGCCCAUUACGCCCGUCAAACAAGCACCUGGAUCCGGACAGCAAAUGUUUCAACAAAUGUUUGCAUUACUAAAGCAAAUGUUGCCUAUGGAGCAAUAUGCAGCGCUGCAUUCCGAGAUGAGAAAGGGCAAUGGAAAUGACAUUAAGUCUAUUGUGGAUAUUAUCAAGAGGAUUGCAGGGGAUGCAAUUUUCUCUAGUGUCAUUCAGAAAAUGGACUUGACAAGGACUUUUCCUACUUCCAAUACACCGGGCGGUUGUAGUGCUUUAAAGCCAGAGCCUGGAGCUACUGCAGUGUCAACGUCAUCGGCAUCAGGUUCUUUGAGUAGACCAGUAGCUGCUGGGACGUUGGGGAUGACAAAAAGUGCAGUAACGUCGACGACAGCUACAUUUACAAAGCCAACUACGAUUGCUGCAGCACCGCCUGCGACACCAGUAACGAUGUCGACAUCAAUUGCAGCAGCGACGGCGCGAUCAACGCCUUCGCCUGGGACAGUUAACACUACUUCAGCAACGAUGUUAGCACCUGGUGUGAAGUUAGAACAAGGAGGGAUACCAGCUACAUUUGGUGCUUCUGCUACGCUUCCAACGACGUCAUCUUCUAAUACGUCGCCAAUUGUUGCACAGUCAAGAAAUGAAGCGCUAGAAAAGAUCGUGUUCGCAAAACGGUUGUUGUCACAUGCAGCUACGUGCUCACAUGCUCAUGGCGUUUGUCAAGUGAAGAAGUGUGAUGAUGUCCGUCGUGUAUUCAAACACAGUUUGUCGUGUGGAGGAGCGAAUGGGUGUUCGCACUGUGAACAGCUGAAGGGGCUGGUAAAGUACCACGCGAAGGAAUGCGCCGUUGGGAUUGCAGACCAUUGCUCUAUCCCGUUUUGUGACGGCUUGCGGCGCUCGUACGCUCAGAACCAAGCAACUUUGGCGGCUAAGGUUAAGGCAGCGCAAGCGGUUGGGGUUGGACAUGAGGUGGGGAGUGAUGAUGACGACGACGACAACACACCUUUGUCUUCCGCUGUGAACAAAGCUAAGAAGUAUGCAAAGGCAAAGUCUCCCAAGAACACGCCUGUUCGAAGUAUAGCUGCUCAGCCUUUGAAGCGAAAAGGCUCAAAUGCGUCGCUUACUCGAACGAACAGCUCCGGGUCGCCUGGACCCUUUUUGGGGUUACUACCUCCAAAUGCCACGACUCCAGCCGCUGCAACAGCGGUAAAUUCUUCCCCAUCCGUUGUUAAGCCACAGCAAAAGAAUGUUACUGCUAAUAUGACGCAGGAGUAUGGGCGUUUACUGCAGCUUAUUCUUCACGUGGAAAAGUGUACGACCAGUGUAUGCCCUGUUGGUGAAGAGUGCGCAGAGUCGAAGGCGAUCAUGAAGCAGAUGAGUUGUCCUAAUCCACCGGCUCGUGCUAAAACAUACAAGCAAGUUUACGGGCACUAUAAAACAUGCGUAGCGAAAAACAACACAGCCAAUUGCCCAAUGUGCAAGAUCGGACUGUUGCCGGUUCUACCAGCACCCAGCCCAACGUUGUCGCCGCAUCCGCUGAUUGGUGUGAAGACGUCUAUUGCGCCUUCUGUCAACACAACUACAGCUGGCAUGGUUGUAGCUUCCUCUCCAUCGGGGAUGCUGAACAAGCGUGGAAGCAACGCUAUGCCAUUAACGCCACGCUCACCUUUAAAGAAGCCGCGCACGAACCUAACUAGUCGAACAAAGCCAAUGACGGCCGAGGUAGUGCCACAAAUUAUUGCUGCAUCAGACCAGGUGAGCCAAGAACUGGCCCAGGCUAGUGUUGCGGACAUCCGCAAAGAAGCUGAUGUUCUUACUCACACACACAUUGAGCUGGGCACGGAACGACGCAUCAUGAUGGAGGGUGGUGUGCGACGACCACGGAUGGCAGAGCAGUUGCCGUGCCAGAAAGAAGAAUGGGUGGAAAAGGAUUUAUUUAAUUCCGAGAAGCUACGCGCCCAAAUGCGCAAGGCUGGCCGGCGAGCAGGUGUCGAAUUUGGAGCUCAGACGAGUGAGGUGAUGGCAUACGCCCUACAUGAGUAUCUGAAACAGGUGAUGGAAGAAAUGGUUGAGAUCGCGAAGCAGCGUGGGGAUUCGCAAGCAAAAUCACUCGAGGCAUUGCAAAAGAUACAGAGGGUUGGAGUACCUAUGGACGGUCGACUGGGCAAUCGCAUGGAGCUGUCGGCAACAGAUAUUUUACGCGUUAGCUGCGACGACUCCUUUUCGAAAUUACGACAGGAAGAUCUCGGUUUGCGGUUACAACUGCUGGAAGACGCCAGGCGUGAGGAACAGAUUGAGAAAGAACGUGCGAAGAAGCGCAAAAAGGUGGAUCGGAGCAAACUAAACCAAGACGGACGGGAUGAAGCGGAGAUGGACGUUGAAGAGCUCGCUAUAAAGGAUCUGAAGGAGCGUCUUUUGCAGCAAGACAAGGAGGGAGUGGUGAAGGUAGAUGGCCGUGUCAACGAAAGUAUAUCAAUGAAGUACGCUCCGCGGGUGGCCGACAGUCAAGUGACCUUAGAGGAUGCCAACUAUUGGCUGUUGAGCCAGAAGCCAUACAUCCGCCCAAAGCUGUUCGUACGUGCCGAGGCUGCGCGUAUCGUUACGAAGUCCCUCCUGUAA